CCCAGCGUUCCUGCCGCACAGCCCCUCCGUCGUGGGUCCCCUCCCUCGGGGCUGAUCAUUAACUCAAAAGCAGUAUAAGGAGUGAGUGGCCCCGGUGAGCCGGUGAGCCGGAGGGACUCGUCGCCACCGCCAUGGACAGUAGCACCUUGAGCCCCGCGGUUACUGCCACCGAGGCACCCAUCCCGACCUAUGAGCGCAUUCGCAAUGCGGCCGACAUCUCAGUCAUCGUCAUCUACUUCGUGGUGGUGAUGGCUGUCGGGCUGUGGGCCAUGUUUUCCACUAAUCGUGGGACGGUUGGAGGCUUCUUCCUGGCAGGCCGAAGUAUGGUGUGGUGGCCGAUUGGUGCCUCUCUCUUUGCCAGUAACAUUGGAAGUGGUCACUUUGUGGGGCUGGCGGGCACAGGAGCAGCCGCAGGCAUUGCCAUGGGUGGCUUUGAAUGGAACGCCUUGAUUUUGGUGUGCGUGCUGGGCUGGAUAUUUGUCCCUAUUUACAUCAAGGCUGGGGUGGUGACGAUGCCUGAGUAUCUGCGGAAGCGGUUUGGAGGCAAGCGGAUCCAGAUCUACCUUUCCGUACUGUCCCUGCUCCUCUACAUCUUUACCAAGAUCUCUGCAGACAUCUUCUCUGGGGCUAUAUUCAUCAAUCUAGCCCUGGGUCUGGAUAUAUACUUGGCCAUUUUCAUCCUGCUAGCAAUCACUGCCCUUUAUACAAUCACAGGGGGGCUGGCAGCGGUAAUUUACACGGACACCUUGCAGACUGCGAUCAUGCUGGUGGGGUCUUUUAUCCUGACUGGGUUUGCUUUCCAUGAAGUAGGAGGGUACGAGGCCUUCAUGGACAAGUACAUGAAAGCUAUCCCAAGUGUGAUUUCUGACGGAAACACUACCAUCAAGGAAGAAUGCUACACACCCAGGCCAGACUCAUUCCAUAUCUUCAGAGACCCCAUUAAGGGAGACAUGCCAUGGCCUGGGCUCAUCUUUGGCCUGGCCAUCCUCGCCCUGUGGUACUGGUGUACAGAUCAGGUCAUUGUGCAGCGAUGCCUCUCAGCCAAGAACAUGUCUCACGUGAAGGCUGGCUGCACCCUGUGUGGCUAUCUGAAGCUACUGCCCAUGUUCCUCAUGGUGAUGCCAGGGAUGAUCAGCCGCAUUCUGUACACAGACAAAAUCGCCUGUGUCGUUCCCUCAGAAUGUCAGAAACACUGCGGCACGUCAGUGGGCUGUACCAACAUCGCCUAUCCGACGUUGGUGGUGGAGCUCAUGCCUAACGGACUGCGAGGCCUGAUGUUGUCCGUCAUGAUGGCUUCCCUCAUGAGCUCCUUGACCUCCAUCUUCAACAGCGCCAGCACUCUCUUCACCAUGGACAUCUACACCAAGAUCCGGAAGAAAGCAUCUGAGAAGGAGCUCAUGAUUGCAGGAAGGUUGUUCAUCCUCGUGCUCAUCGGCAUCAGCAUUGCCUGGGUUCCCAUCGUGCAGUCUGCUCAGAGUGGACAGCUCUUCGACUACAUCCAGUCUAUUACCAGCUACCUGGGGCCGCCCAUUGCAGCUGUCUUCCUGCUUGCCAUCUUCUGCAAGAGAGUCAAUGAACAAGGAGCCUUCUGGGGACUGAUUAUAGGGUUCUUGAUUGGAAUCUCCCGUAUGAUCACUGAGUUUGCCUAUGGAACCGGGAGCUGCAUGGAGCCCAGCAACUGUCCCACGAUCAUCUGUGGGGUCCACUAUCUGUACUUUGCCAUCAUCCUCUUCGUCGUCAGUGUCAUCACCAUCUUGGUCAUCUCCUUACUCACCAAGCCCAUUCCAGACGUGCAUCUGCACCGUCUGUGCUGGAGUCUGCGCAACAGCAAAGAAGAGCGUAUCGACCUGGAUGCAGGAGAGGAGGAGGACAUCCGGGAGGACCCUAAGGACACCAUCGAAAUGGACACCGAAGCCCCCCAGAAGGAGAAAGGAUGCUUCAGGAAGGCAUAUGACCUGUUUUGCGGGCUGGACCAGGAUAAAGGACCAAAGAUGACUAAGGAAGAAGAGGAAGCCAUGAAGAUGAAGAUGACAGACACUUCUGAGAAGCCCUUGUGGAGGACAGUGGUGAACAUCAAUGGCAUCAUCCUGCUGGCUGUGGCCGUCUUCUGCCAUGCCUAUUUUGCCUGAAUGCUGCCUUCUGGUGCAGACUUGGCAACUCUGGAAUUGUCAUUCCGCUUUAGACCCACUCUGUAGUGGCAAAGGGAAACUGGCCAGUUGUAAAUUUCACUCAUUCAGAUAAAAGAUGUAUAAGUGUGAUUAUAGGCUUGCUGGAGGAAAGUGAUUACGUUGCUGUGAAUUCAUGCAUUUGAAGCCAAUGUGACCCACUCAGCUCUCACGCCAGAGCUUUAGAAGUGAAGUUGACUCAGAUAUAGAAAAAGCCACACCAAGACACAGAAGCCCUGUGUUGUCUGAUGUCACUCUGUCAGGUACAUCCAGCUUGUAAUUAUUGUUUAUAAUCCUUAAAUACUAUUUUUUGAAAAUUGUAGUCUGGUCCCUGUCAACCUGACCCCUCAACCCCUUUUCCUCCUCCUCCUCCUCCUCUUCCCCUUCCUCCUCUUCCUCCUUCUCCUUCUCUUCCUCCUCUUCUCCUCCUCCUUCUCCUUCUCCUCCUCUUCUUCUUCCUCCUAUUUUUCUUCCUAAACGAAAUUUCCUGUCAUUGCAUCCCUCCCUCUAGAUUUUUUUUUAGUUAAAAAAAUCAAUUUGACAAAUGGAAGAAUGCCCAGAGCUGAGGACAGGAACCUUGUCCUGUGAAUUUGUUCUUUAAAGUGGCAGUCUCAAGGAGACAGUAUUUACUUGAACAAGGUGGGGGACUCACACCAGUUGGGGGUACAGGCAAUCUGAGUACUGAGAGCUUUCUGGUCUUUAAAGAAUGCCUGUUGUGUGUCUUCAGGUUUGUUACUAUCCAUCUCGGCAGCCCCUGCACCUGAAGCGUCUUAGCCAUUCAGGAAAGUUCGUUGACUUCAUAAAUCUUACGGCAUGCAUUGAUGGGUGCUUCCUAGCCCUGGCUUAGCUUUUAUUAUUUUAUCUUAUUUUACUUUAUUUUAUUUUAUUUUAUUUUGGUGGCUGCACAAAGUAUACCAAUGGAGUCUAUUAUGGAGUGGAAUGCAUUGUAUAGUGUCUCUCUGCCUCAUGGUGCUGAUGUUGACACACAAUACAGUCUUAGACGUUGACAUUACUUGAUAGAACAGAGUAGCACCUACAGGGACAUCUGCCAUCCUGCUGCGGCACACUCUCCCAGGAAUCUUUGAAGUAAUCAGCCUGAGGUCCUCUUUCCCAUGUGUGCACAUGGCCACAACGAUUGUCUUGUAAGGUGUCUUCACUGGCGAUCACCCACUGACCAGACUAAGACAGCCAGCCUCAGUUAUAGACGGUAGGUGCUUAGUGGUUUUAGUUGGAAGAAGACUGUUUAUGUUGAGCUAGUUUCCCAUGGGAAAAUAAUUUUCAUUUAACUUAAAAUCAAUCCAUUAAUUAAUUAAAAUUGUACUUUCAAAAUCUCAAUUAUAUUGUAAUAUUAUCCCAUUGAAGCCAGGAAAUCAGCAUAUUAUUGUAGAAUGAAUUCAAGUUAGCUUAGAAGCAAGCUGAGUAAGGUGUUGGGCAUAGAUGUGGCUUGGAGUGUCAGUGGAUGGCUUGUUGGUAUAGAAGAAAGAAAACCUGGAGAGAGUUGCUGAAGGUGUUUUCUUGUUCCCUGUGAGCUGUGCUGAGAAGAGGGGUAAUUGGAGAACCUCUCAUGUCUAGCGCACUCAGGGUGUGCGCUCAGGGCGCUCAGGCCCAGGAGGGCUUUGCGGUGAGUUGUGAGUAUUGAGAGGAGAAAGGGAGGGACCAAAGUGUGGGAAGGGAAAGGCAAUGUAAACUACCCAGAUUGUUUCGGCUUCAUUGCAUGGCCAAUGAUUUA